GCAGUAGAUAGAUCCCAAGUCCCUGGCAGCGAGGGAGGGGGUAGGCUGCGCUCUCCGUCUCCAAAACAUUUACGCAUCGCAGCACUAUUCUGCGUCUCUCUCUGUCUGUACUCCCCGCCGUCACCUUACCGACAUCCACCGCUGACCGGCCGGCUCCCUCCACUCUGAAGGACCGGGAGCAGAGAAGUCAACACACGUACCGAGCACCUCUGUCCCAAAACCACCGUGCUUUUCAUGCGAAUGGUUGAGCCCAGCCCUCCAGCACUGCACCUCCUCUCUGGCGGGGAUGUCAGCAUGGCGAGCGUCGGUGUCAAAGUAGAACAGGAGGAGUCCUGCAGAGGGGGUGGAGUCAUUAGCAAUCCUGAACCUCCUAAGAGGUCUCCGUCACAUGGUUGGUCAGGAAAUCAUCCACUGGAGGCCCGCCAAUUGACCCCACCGCUCUCCCGAUCCCCUUCGGAGGGCUCUCCAGGUAAGGAGCUGCCUCACAGACGAAGCCCCUUGGGACUGAAGGAGGCCAGGACACAUGAAAGACCAGAAGGACAAUCCAACUUCAAGGAAGUAAUGCCUACCAUUGAGAAGCUGCUGAAUGCUGACUGGAAGGAGAAACUUCUGGAUAAAAGCACAGUGGGGGCAGGACAACUGAAAGGUACCCCAGAGGCUCUGGCGGAGAAGGAGCUCCAGUUGUUGAUGAUGAUCAACCAGCUGAGCGGUCUGCGGGAGCAGCUACUAGGAGCCCACUCUGAGCAAAGGAACAUGGCCGCCCUGCUGCUGGAGAAACAGCAGCAGCAGAUGGAGCUGGCUCGACAACAGCAGGAACAGAUCGCCAAGCAGCAGCAGCAGCUGAUCCAGCAGCAGCACAAGAUCAACCUGCUUCAGCAGCAGAUCCAGCAGGUGAACAUGCCCUACGUGAUGAUCCCGGCUUUCCACCACAACACUCAGUCCCUCUCCGUCACCUCUGACCCCCAGAUGGCCCUGCCGCUGCAACCAAUUCCCUGCAAGCCAGCCGUGGACUAUCACAUGCAGCUGCUGCCCAACCCUCGGCCCCCCCCUGUCAAGAGGAGCAGCGGAUCCUUCCGACAGGAAGCCAGUCAGCCCCUGAACCUGACCUCCAAGCCAAAGGGGCUGGAGCUGGGGAAAACACCAAGUCCGCAGAACCUGGAGCUGGGAUCCCUGGCGCUGCACGGGGCCUACAGGUCCAGAGAUUUCCAGAGAGAAGUGUCCCACAGCCCAUCACGAUCUGCCCUCAGUUUCCUCGGAGACGGAGAUGUGGUCACCCAGGCCAUCCACGAUGCCCAGCAGCUCCUGAGGGGCCACGGCACCGGAGAGCGAGAGAGGGACAGGGACAAAGAAAGAGAGAGGGAGAGAGAUGGUGGCGGAAAGAUGGAGUAUAAAGAUUCUCCCCGCAGCGAGAGGAUUUCUCACUGCGAGCGGGGGGAGGACCACCUCAGCAGUGACUCUGAGGGUGCCCUGCCCAUCUCGGUCCCAGGAAGCUACCCUGAGGCCCGGCCCCCUCCCUCCUCGGGCCACAUCAAGAGACCAAUGAAUGCCUUUAUGGUUUGGGCCAAGGACGAGCGCAGGAGGAUCUUGCAGGCCUUCCCGGACAUGCACAACUCCUCCAUCAGCAAGAUCCUGGGCUCCAGGUGGAAGGGCAUGUCCAACCAGGAGAAGCAGCCUUACUAUGAAGAGCAAGCGAGGCUGAGCAGGCAGCAUCUAGAGCGCUACCCUGACUACAAGUACAAACCUCGGCCCAAACGGACCUGCAUCGUGGAGGGACGGAGGCUGAGGGUAGGCGAGUACAAGGCCAUGAUGAAGAACCGCCGGCAGGAGCAGAGAGCGACCUACACACAUAGUCAAACAGAACCCCAGCAGAUCCACUACCCCCACAGCGAUGGCCAGUACCCAGGCGGCGCCGCCGGCUCGGUCUCGGUGGCAACCAUGCCCUUUCACCACGCGUUACUGGAGCACUACCUGCCGCAGGUCCCCCCCGCGCUGUGUCGAGCCGAGGGCCAGGCUACGCCUACUUCCCUGCCCAGAGAGCGAGAGAGGGAACGAGAGAGGGAGCGCCCUCCGUACAGCGAAGGAGAGGAAAGCGACGGAGGAGAGAGGAGUGAGGGAGAACUGGUGCUCCUGACAGACUGAAAGGGGAGUGGGAGAGGGGAAAAAAGGAAAAUGGAGGUGAGGGGUGAGAGGGGAGGAUAGCCGAGGAGGAAGGGGGAUCUUUGUUGAUUGACAGUCAGAGAAGAAAGAAUGGAGGACGAACAGGGGAAACGGGAGGGAUGGAGUUGUCUCCGAAUGAGAAAAUUGCCCCUCUGUUAGGCAAAAGUGAAGAGAUGUGAUGAGAAAACGUCAUAGUCACUCCCUUGUAAAUUAGUUGUUUUCAGUGAAACCCUGCCACACACACACACACACACACACACACACACACACAUACACAAAGGCAUGGUCUUAUCUUAGUCAUAGACAUGUCAUCAGCUGCUUUGUUUUAUUACAGAAGCCAUGUUGAAAUUAAUAUGUAGCCUAUUAUCGUUUUAUGAUGGGAAGAAAACAAGAGGCCCCUUAUGCCUCUCCUUUUCUUCCCACGUUGACUUUUGGCAAACAAAAUGCACCACAGAGAUUACAUUCAUCGGAGGAAAGUUAAUAGAAGCCAUGUUUCCACCUGUUGGACAGCUGAGUGAGCGUCAGGCCAGAGAGCAGCGGUCUGUUCUCAGUGGGUCAGUCCUGCCCCCUGCUGGUGAAGGCUGGUUAUUACUAACUCAAACACCCGGAGCUCCUGUCUGCUAAUCUUCCACUAACACUUGAUUAGUGUUGAGAACACCAACACGUAUUGCAACGCAGGCUGUGGCUAAUCCAGUGCAUGUAAACAUUUAGGUGGGGGCUCAGUCUGGAUGGUGUGGCACCUGGUAUUUGGCAAGUUUUAACCCUCCAAUUCAAAUUUGAUCUUAAAAGUGUUAGAGAGUUAGAAUAAGAGAGAUCGAAGAUGUAUUUCAGCGAUGUAGUGUUGCACUUCCAUAAAGAUGGAGGGGCUGAGCUAUGCUGAUUCGUAGUUCUCCCCAGUACGGUUCAAGCUCCAAAAACACUGGCUCCUACUUUUCCCAUAAUGCAACUUCACACUGUGUUACAUAAGACCCUUCCCUUCCUGGUAAAUGCCCAUGUUGUUAUAAACGUCAUACCCCCAUUUUUUAACUCGGGAUUUAUUGUAUAGAUUUGUAGUCGCAAAUCUCAACCAGAGAUAACCCCUGAUGAGGUCUGGGAGCGGUCGGAGCCACAGAAGACAUUAGACAGUUGGUGUUGUUGUAAAGUAAAAACUAAUGAAUUAAAUUAGAAUCACAUCACAGCAGCACUUUGGAACAUUGUCCCCUUAAGAUGAUUUAAAUCAGUCUCUCUGAAAACCCAAUCAUGGCAGGUGUCAGUCAUUGCUUCACGUACAUUUAGUGGCUCGAAAGAGAAUUAAGCAGAAUUUAGUUUGUCACCAUCGAUGAAGUACAUGUUCCAGUUAAGGCAAGGCAAGUGGAUUUGUAUAGCCCAUUUCAUUACACAAAGGUACUUCAAAGUGCAUAAUGCAUUUAAAUAAAGAAGCCUAAAAUCAUUACAAUGCUGAGUAAAAGGAUAGAAACCCAUUAAAAUAACGUAUAAAUAGGUCACUGUAAUGGUUUACAAUCAGACUGCCAAUGAAAUUGUGUGAAGAAGUUGCAUUCCAGAUAAUGUAGAGUACAAUAAAUACCAAUCUGACCCCCCUGUUCCUUGCCGGCUGAGCUGUGCUGUAUAUGCUGUAUUUGUGUGUCUGUCAGUUCCCUCUCCAUAGCAUGGGGGGGUUGACCUCAGCCUCACCUAUUUUUUAUACCUCUGUGUUUGCUUCUUUGAGUGUUAAUUGAUUGUUGUGUUGAGCAACUGCUAUCUGUGAUUUUUGUUGUUGCUGCUUUUGAGAUGCUCCUGUGACAAAAUAUCCACAUACAACACCUUCAAAUAUAUAUACAUAUAUAUAUUCCAAGAUGUUGACAUUCUGAUUCUCAAAUUUCCUGAAGCUGCACUGGAAUUAGUUUCAUAUAUGAAUACUGUAGCCAUUUUCGUUUUGCAAUUGGCCUCAUAUAUAGAAUUAAGGUGAAGUUCCAUCUGAAUAGGCUUCUUAUUUCAUCUUUUAUUUUCCUGGUCCACAGACAUCUAACAGAGAGAUAAAUCAAUCCCAAAACACAAGCUGUUGUUCAUUGGUAGGAUGUUAAAAAAAAAAAAAAAAGGUCAAUUAAUGGUUAUGAGCAAAGUGAAAGAAAUAGAAAUAGAACCAAAUGUUUUAGGUCAACUUAAUGAGAACGCAGAAACCAAAAUGAUCCAUGAGUCCUUACAUUACAUUGUUGGCUAUGGUGCUCCACGCUAACAAUGUAGCUUGCUGAGUAAUAUUAGGCAUCCAUGUUAGCACUUAGCAUACACCAUGUUCUUUGAUAGAAAGGCUGUGUUCACUGAUGGUUGAAGCCAACAUAUGCGGAUUGUUUCAGAAGUAAGCCGAAAACUUGUGUUGUAAAGUCAUACAAGCUUGUAAAAGUAAUAUUUGUGUGCUGUUAGCAGUGUGGACAGACAUGUUGAUUUGACUUCAUGCUGCCAAAUGUGUAAACUUAUGAAAACACACCCAACUUUUCAAGUAGGACAAUGACCUUCCUUGUGGGAAAUUUGAAAUUCAGCGCCUUAGUUUCAUUAAUCAAAUGGUAAACUUCAUGCAAAUGAUGCUACAGUUUAGCAUAUACCAUCUUAAGUGACUGCAUGUUCCAAAACUGAUUGAAUGAGUUAAUCUACAAGUUUAAAAGCUGAGUAAUAUUAAAUGAUCUGUAGCUUAAUCUUAUAAAUUGUUCCAGUUUAAACUUAAUGCAAGACACAAUAAGUGUUGAUGACUGGCUAGCUAGGAGCUAAUGCUUUACUGCUUUCCAUUCCAGUGAAGGUGGUGUUGGAGUAGUGGAGACUGCUUGCAUCCCAAAAUAACUGCUCAGCAGAUAACUAAUGAGGUUACAUCAAAUAGAAUAGUGCCAGAAAUUUAGCUCUGUAUGUUUAGCUUUAGCCUGUAGCACUUCUGAGCACAUGGAUAGUUUUGGUGUCUUUGUUCUCAAAACUCAAUAAGCAUAUUGACCAAUAGGAACAUUUGACAAACAAAAACUUAGUGUACUUAAAUAACACUGGGCUGAAUCCACGGUGAGCUAACUGCAAGGAUGACAAAUCAAAAUGGCGGGAAAAAACCCUCAAACAAAACAAUCAGGGUCGGGGCUAUGGAAAGAUGGCGGAGAUAUGAGAGGAAAAUGUUUAUCUUAUUUUAGUGGAUACAUGCUGAGUCGUUACCCCUGCUGAUGUAAAUAUAGAAAGAGACUUUAUUUUGUUUAUAAGAGCCUGUGUAAUUUAAAGGUGUACGUUUCUCGAUGUUUUCAGAGUUUUGUGGUUUUUUUUUCUUGAAAGACAAUAAAUUGGUUGUGCUAA